AUGACCGCACAGCACGCUCCUGCUGCUGGGGUUCUUCCCAGCGCCCCUAUAACUGCACAUUUACAUAAAGUAAGCCCAUCGGAGGAGUCCUUGGAGAAGCUAUACGAGACCUUGGAAAAGUUACUGGUCGUCUUGUCGAGCGAAGACGAAGAAGGCUACUUCGCCCGCCCCAUCUCCCUCACCGCCAAUGCCUCCUAUCUCGCCCUGAUCAAACAACCCAUGGACUUUGCCUCCAUGCAGCAAAAAUUAGCCCGAAGAAUUUACACCGCCCUCUCGCAGUUCCAGGACGACUUUGAUCUGGUUAUGAAGAACGCCAUGCUGUUCCAUCCGCCGACUGAUGAGGUGUUUUUGCUCGCGAGGAGGCUGCAUGGGUUUGGGACGAGGUUGAUCAAUGGGCUUUAUGGGGGGGUGCCGAGGGAGGUGGCGGUGGGUGAGCCUUUGUAUCCUGAGAUGCGACUCAAAGAGCGGUCAUUACGAACCCAAAAGAUUGCUCUAGCUCAACCGGGCGUCGAUGGAACCUACUUCUUCUCCACGGCCCAAGCAAAAGCCCUAGACGAAGUCCCCAUACCCGACGACGUCCUCAAAGUCACCCUCGUCCCGACCUACACGCACAGCCACGGCUCACCCGCCACCUUCCGCGCCACUCUCCCCGAAUACAUCGACGAACAACCACACCAACAGCAGCGGAAGAAACGAAAACCCAACGCACCCGUCCCCGUUAGAUUCCACGACUAUGGACCGUUCUACUCGUUCGCGCCGGCGUUUUCGUCGAGUAAUGCAACGCUUUCGCCGCAGGAGUCGGUGUUGAUGCGACGGGGGGAGGCGGCGGAGGUUAUUGUAUUGGAGCCGGAAUCGAAAGCGGACGACGGGGAAAUGAGCGGUGAUACCCCAGUGAGAGUGAGGGUGUACACGGGCACCGACGCGCCCGACAUGGAUCUCGGGGACGACGACGCCUCUCCUGCCACCGUGGAAAACCUCACACACCUGCUAACCGACCUAACCGACCUCAUCGGACCCCACCCCACCAACAGCACCACGGCAACGGGAGUAGCAGCGACAACCACCACCCCGGCCCACAUUCAACGCCUGCUGGAUGAGAACGCGGCCCUGUUUGAGCGUUUGGAGGCGUUCCAGUACGAACGGUUCGAGGACGGCGCGCCGGGGGAGAUUGGUGGGGAUGAACUGGCUGCUGCAUCGAAUCUGAUCCGCAACCUCCACACCCUCCUCCACUCCACCACCCCAUCCACCCUCCUCCCCGCCCCGCAGACGCAACUCGCACAAAUGAUACCCCAUCUCCACAAAACCUACGAGCCGCAUUUCAGGGGCACGUUGCCCGGGUCGCGGCCGUGUAUGUUUGCGUCGAAUCUGGUCGGGAGGGGGGCGUUCCCGGGGGGCGCGGGGACUGGGGUGGGGGUCACGGGUGGGGGUUUGGGGGUCGGGGUUGUGGGCAGGAGGGGCAGUGGUUAUGGGGGGGUGGGUGGGGGAGGGGUGGGGGGACAAGGGGUCGGGCAGAGGACGCAGAGGUUGAGCGGGGCGUAUGCGCAGACGCCCGGGGUUACGGCGAGGUUGCCGACGGGGCAGGUUGUGCAGUUUACUGCGUGA